AUGCCCCUCAGCCCCUUGGCCCCUAGCCCCCCCCCCCCCCCCCCCCUCUUCGUGCCCCAGGCCCCUCGGCCCCUUGGCCUCUCUGUCCCUGCUGCUACUACAGCUGCUACUGCUGCUGCUGCUGCUACUGCUGCUACUGCUACUGCUGCUACUGCUGCUGCUACUGCUGCUACUGCUGCUCCUACGGCCGCCCCUCUCGCUGCCCCUGCCGCCCCGCACGCCGCAUAG